GAGUCAGUUAGAGAGAGAACGGGAGAGGGGGAGAGAGAAGAGGAAAUGCAUUCUGCGUGUGACUCUUGAAAAGUCCAUUUGAGUUCAGUUGCAGAGCUGAUCUCCAGCUUGACGAAAAUGCCCAACUACACAGUGACUGUCGCCACUGGCACUCAGUGGUUUGCUGGAACGGAUGACUACAUUUAUAUAACCCUGGUGGGAUCUGAGAGCUGCAGUGAGAGAACCCUCCUGGAUAAACCCCUCUAUAAUGACUUUGAGAGAGGAGCGGUGGACUCAUAUGACAUCAGUGUGGGAGAGGACCUGGGAGAAAUCGAGCUGGUGAAAAUUGAAAAGAAGAAAUACUGGGUGCAUGAUGACUGGUACUGCAAAUACAUCACGGUGAAGACGCCGUAUGGAGAUUACGUUGAGUUCCCCUGCUUUCGCUGGUUAGUUGAUGACAAAGAGGUGAUCCUCAGAGAUGGAAGGGCUCGAUUGCCACAACAUGCCAAGACCAGAGUGGCGAAACAGCACAGGCGCAAAGAACUAGAACAGAGACAGAAGACAUACAGAUGGAAGGAGUGGCACCCUGGCUUUCCUAUGAGCAUAGAUGCCAAAGCCCAUAGUGAGCUUCCACGAGACAUUCAGUUUGAUAGCGAGAAAGGAGUGGACUUUGUGCUCAACUACAGCAAAGCGAUUGAAAAUCUCUAUGUAAACCAGUUCAUGCACAUGUUCCAGUCCUCAUGGGGAGAUUUUGCAGACUUUGAGCGUAUAUUCAUGAGAAUUAAGAAUACAAUAUCAGAGUAUGUGAUGGAGCACUGGAAGGAAGACUUCAUGUUCGGAUACCAGUUCUUGAAUGGCUGUAAUCCAGUGGUCAUCAGGAAAUGCACAGAAAUUCCUGACAAGUUUCCAGUCACACAAAAGAUUGUUGAGGACAGUCUGGAGAGGGGUCUCACUCUGGAAGAAGAGCUCAAGGAAGGAAACAUCUUUAUUGCUGACUAUGAGCUACUAGAUGGUGUUACUCCCAAUUCCACAGACCCAUGCACCCUUCAGUACUUGGCUGCACCCAUCUGUCUGCUUUAUAAGAACAUUCAGAACAAAAUCAUGCCAAUCGCCAUCCAGCUGCUUCAGAAACCAGGAGAGGAUAAUCCCAUCUUCCUCCCGAGUGAUGAUGAGUACGACUGGCUGCUGGCCAAGAUCUGGGUAAGAUCUUCAGAUUUCCACGUACACCAGACAGUCACGCAUCUUCUCAGGACACAUCUGAUAUCUGAGGUCUUUGGCAUAGCCUUGUUCAGACAGCUGCCUGCCGUUCAUCCUGUUUUUAAGUUGCUGUUACCUCACAUCCGUUUCACCAUUGCCAUUAACACCAAGGCUCGAGAGCAGCUCAUCUGUGAGUGUGGACUCUUUGACAAGGCUAAUGGGACAGGUGGAGGUGGCCACGUAGAACUGGUCCAGAAGUCCAUGAAGACCUUCACAUACAGGUCCUUGUGUUUCCCAGAGGCCAUAAAAGCACGAGGCAUGGACAGCAAGGAGGAACUACCCUACUAUUUCUACAGAGAUGAUGGCUACAGCGUCUGGGAGGCAGUGACAAGUUUUGUGACAGAUGUAGUGGACAUCUACUAUGACAAAGACGAGACAGUCCAGGAAGACACAGAGAUCCAGGCUUUUGUGAAAGAUGUCUGCAGCUUUGGAAUGCAGGAUUUUGACUAUUGUGAAUUUCCCAAGAGUUUACAAACCAAGGAGCAGCUGGUGGAGUAUCUAACUAUCGUCAUCUUCACUGCUUCUGCACAACAUGCUGCAGUAAACUUUGGACAGUUUGACUGGUGUUCAUGGAUCCCAAAUUCCCCCCCAACCAUGCGGAAACCUCCUCCUACGAAGAAGGGUGAGGUGGAUUUGAAGUACAUAGUGGAGAGUUUGCCUGACCGAGGACGCUCCUGCUGGCAUCUGGGAGCCGUGUGGGCCCUCAGUCAGUUUCAAGAAAAUGAGUUGUUCCUAGGUAUGUAUCCAGAUGAACACUUCAUUGAGAAACCUGUGAAGGAGGCCAUGGCGAAAUUCCGCAAGAAUCUUGCAGAAGUGGUUAAAGUCAUCAAGAGCCGAAAUGAGGGAAAAAAGCUGCCUUACUACUAUUUUUCUCCAGACAGAAUCCCGAACAGUGUGGCUGUCUGAUUCUCCAGUCGUACAGGACUAGAAGUGCUAUGCUAGUAGUAGGAAGUGUUUUAUCACAGUUGUUUUAUUGGUAAAAAUUGGUAACUGUUUGAUAUAUACAAAGUUUGCCGUACUCUUAAAAAUAAAAUGUUCUUUAUUGGCAUCUGUGGUUCCAUGAAGAACCUAUAACAUCUACACAAUUCCAUUGCACAAAAGAUUGUUUAUAGUGGAUAAAGGUUUUUUAGAUUAUUAAAAUGUAAGAAAAACAAAGUUUCCUUUAAGCACUGAUCACUGACACGUUUGUUAGGGAACCCAAAAUGGUUCUUCCCUGUGAAACCACCCCUGUGGAAUUUUUAUUUUUAAAAGUGCAUGUGUAAUGUAGAGAAGUUUCAUAAUUCUGUAUAAUUAAUUUUUUUAGUAGUAGUAAUAAUAAUACAAUAUGCAAUAACAAAGUUGUAGCCAGAUAUUAUUUCAUGCUUUUAAUUAUCCUAAUGUCAACAUGUCAAACAAAUGUUAUUUUUAUAUUCAUUUUUUCAGCAACAUUAUCUUCAUUCUUGUUCACAAUGGAAUCUUCCUUGUUUGUUUUGAAAAUGGCAGAUUAACAGAUUGUUACAAUUUACAUUUUUUUAGAUUAAUUAUUUACUUUUAAAGUCUACUAAUUAAUACUAAUUAAUGUUGUAUAAAUCAUAAGCAAUAAAUUGAGAAACACAUGAGCUUUGCAGUGACUGGAAUAAUUGUCUUUGUGAAUAAAUGGGCAGCUGUUUAUAACA